AUGGAAGAAUUUGAAAACUUUUUUUCACAAUUAAUUCCAGCACCAGAUCAAGAUAUUUGGUUAUUAGCAGCACAACAAACUCCACAAAAUAAUGAUGGAGUUAGUACAAGUGGUAUACCGAUUGGAUGGAGUUUACAAAAUUUAGCAGCAAGCACUAAUAACAUUGCUGCAAUCGAUUCCAAUCCACAAAUUAGAGAACAACUACAACAAUUACAACAACAACAACAACAACAACAAACUCAAAUUCAACAACAAUUACAAAGUUAUCAACAACAACAACAACAACACUAUCAACAACGUCAACAACAAUAUCAACAACAAUAUCAACAACCUUAUACAACACCUUCUCCACCUGAUCAAAUUGAUUAUAAUCAACAAUUAUCACCACAACAACAACAACAACAACAACAACAACAACAACAACAACAACAACAACAACAACAACAACCACAAUUGCAACAACAAAAUAAUACUAUUUCACAGCAACAACAACAACAAAAUUUAAAUUUCCAGGUCCAAUUUUUGCAACAACAACAACAACAUCAACAGCAAUUGCAGCAACAACAAGAACAAUUUCAACAUCAACAAUUGCAACACCAGCAACAACAAUAUUUCAUUAAACAACAAUUACAACAACAACAACAACAACAACAACAACAACAACAACAACAACAACAACAACAACAACAACAACAACAACAACAACAACAACAACAACAACAACAACAACAACAAAAUCAACAUUUAUCACCAAUUUUAUCACCAUUACCACCAAUUCAACAAUUACAACAAUAUCAACAACAACAACAACAACAACAACAACAACAACAACAACAACAACAACAACAACAACAACAACAACCACAACAACAAUCAAUUAAUAUUGGUAGUUCUAAUACACCUUUACAACAUCAAGCAAUGUUACAAGCACAAUCAUUAAUGGAUAGUAUAAAUACUAAACAACCACCAAUUCCACCUACAUUACAAUCACCAACACAACAUCAAUUUCUUAAUACACCAGUUUUAGAUCAACAUAUUUUAUCAUCAAUUAGACCAUCUUAUUCACAAGUAACAAAAGCAAAUAUAUCAACAUUACCAACUGAAAUUACUAAUAGUUUAACAAAUUUCAAUGGUACAAAUAAUAGUACUCCAAAUUUUGAAGAUUUAACUGGUGGUAAACUAUCAUCAAAUAAUAUAAAAAAUACAGCAACACCAUUAUCAUCACCACCAUCUACAAAAAAUGGAAAACAAAAACAACCAAAGAAUAAUAACAAUAAUAAUAAUAGUAGUAAUAAUAAUAAUAAUAAUAAUCAAACAACAACACAACAAAAACAAUCUAAAAAUAAUAAUAGUUAUGGAAACAACAGUAACAAUAAUAAUAAUAAUAAUAAUUUUAAUAAUAAUAAAUUAAAAAAACAAAAUGAUUCAACAACAACACCAACAAUAACAUCACCAAAUAUGACAUCACCAAUUGAUUCAAAUGGAGAUUUCGAUUUAUUAGAUGAAGAUGAGAAAAAGAAAUCAAUAAGUAGAAUUAAUCAAAAUUUAGCAAGUAGAAAUUAUAGACAAAGAAGAAAAGAAUAUAUAAAAGAGAUUGAAAGUAAAAUGGCUGCAUUAACUUUUGAAAAUCAUCAACUUAAAAAAGAAAAUGAAUCUUUAAAGGAAACUGGGGGAGUUGAAGUAAUGAGACCAGAACCAGAAUUAAUAACAAUGGUAGUUGAAGGAAAACAAAUUAUUAUUCAAUUAAGUCAAGCAUUGAAAAAGAAUGAUGAUAGAUCAUUGAUUUAUUUAUUGCAUUUGUAUCAUUGUGCUAUCGCCAAGAGAUAUUCAAUUGUAGAGAGAGAGGUCGAAAAGAUAGUUCACCCAUAUACUCAAUCGAAAUUGGCGGCCAUGGGAUACAUACCAAAAUCUGAUAAAAUGUUUUUGAAUUGUAUUGCUGGUCCUGCUGCAGAUAGUUGGUUUCAAUUAUUUAAGAAUGAGGCAGAGAUUACAUUGGAACAGUCGAAUAAAUUGGAGGCAUUGCGUACACAACAUGGUAAAAUCGAUUCGGCAUUAUUACAAGAACGUCAGGAAUUGGAUUUGGAUAUAAAGAAAUUCUAUUAUACAAAGAUAUUGGUUUUACCAAAUAAUCCAUUGAUCAUUGGUGAUAUACCUGCUCAGCCAUACAAUGGUGAGUUAUCACAAUCACCCAUUUCAAAUUCACCUUUGGAGAUUAGUCAAUUAUUGGAUUUCGCUGGUAAGUUGGAAUCUUUGAAAAAGAAUUUCAUUUUACAUAGAAAUUUAAUGUUGGAUACAUUGGCUUCCCUUAGUUCAAUACUUACACCUAGACAAGAGGCAAUGCUUUUGGUUAGAGUUCAUUUUUAUACAUCUUAUGAUUUCUCUCAUAUGGAAUUGUUAAAAGAUGUUUGGACAAAUAUUGUCUCUUCAAAAUCAAUCACUGGUCCAUUAAAUAUUUCUGAAGCUUUAAAAAAACUAUCUGAUACUACAAAUACUCAUCAUUCAAUUGAAAAUAUUGUUAAACCACCACAAUUUCAUCAAUAUACACCAAAACAACUUAAAUUUGAAAAUCAAUCAAAUAAUUUUGGAAAUAAUAAUGGAAGUAAGAGUAAAAAUAUAGAAAAUAAUCUUAAUAAUAGCGUUAAUAAUAAUAAUAAUAAUAAUAAUAAUAAUAAUAAUAAUAAUAAUAAUAAUAAUAAUAAUAAUAAUAAUAAUAAUAAUAAUAAUAAUAACAAUAAUAAUAGUAAUAGUAAUAAUAAUAAUAAUGUCAAUAGUAAUAGUAGUAAUGUUAAUAGUAAUAAUAAUAAUUUUAAUAAUGCACCACAAAUGGUAUUAAAUCCACCAUCAGCUGAUGCAAUACCUUAUCCAUCAACAACUCAACUUGAUAAAAGAUUCCAAUGGGUUAGUUAUCCUUCUGCUCCUCCACCAAACUAA